AUGUAUGCAUUAAAUGCGACAUCCAGCGAGAGUCGUGAGACGCGUCAGCACGUCGCUCAGCAGCAGUUUCAAGGAGCUACAAAGCAAGUAGUUGCCUUGAGACGUAUUGUACGUAGCUCAUAUUGUGAUCACUCGGGUUGGGGUUAUAAACAAGGCCGUAUUAUCAAGAGCUGGAAACGUCGUUACUUUGUAUUAAAAGGUCGGGAAUUUAUUUAUUUUACCGAGCGAUCGCCUAAUGGAAAAGGAAUUGAUGAAAAAGGAAGAUUAUGUAUCAAUAGUGUGGAGCGUACACCGGAAUGUACCAAUGCGUUAAUGGUACGAGGUGAAUUGAAGAAUCAAGCAGUGAAGAUACAAGUGGAUUCAAAUGAUGAGUGUACGGAGUGGUUUGAUAAACUUUCAGAGGCUUUACAAGAAGCAAUGACUAGAGAGGAAGAUCGAGGACAUGCAGGCAGAAAUGCAGCUGUAUUUAUGAAAGGCUGGUUACUAAAAGAAGGACAGAAUUUCAAGACGUGGAAACGACGUUACAUGACGUUAACGGGACGAGUUAUUCAGUAUAGAGCGCAGCCUAAUGAGAAACCUCUUGGAGAGACUAGAGUCAAUGCAGUGAAUAUUAAUCCGUCCAGAUCCUUUGCACUGGAUAUUUACUCGGACAAUAAUCGUAUUUUGAGAAUCUCGGCUGACUCGUUCGCAGACAUUGAGGCGUGGGAUCAUGCACUUGCGAAAGUGACUGGUAAGCGACCAUGUUUUGGAGAUCCAUAUGCUGGACAAGAUGCCCCGUUUCUUGGGGAGACGUUUGAAGAAAGUGUGCUGUGUGAAGGAUGGCUGUACAAGAGAGGACAGAGGUCAACCGAGUGGCAGCGACGUUAUUUCAAGCUGAAAGGGUAUAAGCUGCAGUACCAGAAUGGACCUGGGGAGAGUGUGCCCAAGGGUGCGGGCACUGUUGUGGGAUUAAAACUUGGCGAGAUGGAUACCAACUGCGUGUUUGUGCAGCUUGAAUCGGGUCGAGUGCUUUGUGUAAGUGCUGACAGUCGGGCCUUCAUGGACAAGUGGGUGCAAGCUAUCUGCAAAUUGCUAGACAAGGAUUCCAAGACUUUGAAAAAGGAAGUCGCAACCACGACUGCUGCAGUCAGCAUUGCUGUGAGUAGUAGCAAUCGGCUAAGACGCGCGUUUAGUCGUGCAGGGUCCGGUGCGACGUUACCGCUAGUAUUACCAACUUAUCGGUCGUCGGCUCGAUUGACUCCUGCUAGUCAAUCGAGCCUUGUCUGUGCAGGUGAAUCUCUGGACGGCAUCGAUGACACCACCGAGAGCGACAAUAAUAAUUUUGGUCAACUCAUGCCAGAUUCUUCUCGGCCUUUGUCUGGUAUUGACAGCAAUUCUGCGACGUCACCUAGAGCUUCCUCUACCGGUCUGAUUCGAAAAUAUGGAUGGUUACGUAAAGAAGGUGCCCGAAACCGCUCACUGAAGCGCCGUUACUUCAUGGCUGAUGGCAAUAAGCUGUACUACUUUGAGCAAAUUGGUGAGGCCCCGCGCGGUAACGGCAUCGUCAAAAGUGCCGUUCCCAAUGACAUUUAUCCAAACUGUCUGGAUUUGAUCCUGAUGUCGGGUCGUACGCUGCGUGUAGUGGCCGAGUCUCCUGAUGAGAUUCGCUCGUGGCUCGACCAUUUUAACGAUUGCAUUUCGGUGGGAGAUAUCACUGAGGCACGCGACAGUGCAUUGGAAAGGCUAUCGCGUGGUGCAGGUGAAGAUACUGCAUUAAGUGUGACUGAGUCUGGUAGUGGCUGGCUGCUAAAAAAGGGCAAGAACUUUAAGAAUUGGAAGCGCCGAUUUUUCAAGCUAGAGGGAAAGCACUUGUCGUAUUCGAGUGCGCCAGAUGCACCAUCCCUCGGACGAGGAGUGUUGGCAAAUGUUGCAAUUGGUAAUGCUCGACCUUUCUGUCUAGACGUUCGCUUUCAGAAUGGCCGUGUGAUGAAUGUCGUCGCAGGCAACGAGAGUGAGAUGAUGGCCUGGAACCGUCUGCUACAAACUGGUGUACUGUCGGAGCCGAUCGAAAGCGACCUGGAGCAGGAUGUUCAGUUUGAUUUUGAUGACGCCGAAGAGGAUGCGCAUCUGGACACCAUGCACACCGUUGUGACGGCUGCCACGGCUUUUAAGCGAGGCUUGUCAAAAGCAUCGUCAACGGUCAACAAAGCGUUAAGUGACGAUAGCUUGAAACAGCGGACAGAGCCGAUGGAAUUGUCCACAAGUAAGGGCGCGGAGAAGUUAGUGAAGCCGACAAACGAGCGAGUAGAGGUAGCAGUGAAGAAUGUGGCAGCAGCUGCGGCAGAAGUAGACCGAAACUCGCUCCGCUUGGGUAUUGCCGAGAUGGAGGAACCAGUCGUAUGCAGUGGAUGGCUGCAAAAGGAAGGUGGCACGGUAAAGAAUUGGAAGCGGCGCUACUUUACUCUGCAUGGCACCACACUGUGCUACUUUAAGAGCUACAAUGGGGCACUUCUGCGCAGUUUUACGGUAUGUCACGUCGUGACUUUGCGAACGAAAAGGUUGUGUCUGGAGAUUACAACAGAAGUGGGGCGGAAGCUGCUCGUGGCCAGCGAGACACAGACCGAUUUGGAUCGUUGGCUUGAUCAUCUGCACCGCGCCAUUGCAGCAGAGAAGCGCAAAAAACAACAUGGCGGGGACGCUUUGCAAUGGACAAAGGAUGUUUCUGUCGCUACUACACCAUCAACUUCUACCCCUGAGCCCGGAAGCCUUGCAUACAUGGUGCUAUGA